CACAGUGUGAGUUCCACCAUCACCAGUUUUUACCAUCAUCAUCAUCCUGCUGCUGUCUCACCAUUAUCUACCAUAUUCCAUCAUCACCAGUUUUCACCCAUUAUUCAACACCAUCAGCCACCUACUUCACUAUUAUCUACCAUAAUGACUUCACACGCAGCACAGGCCGUUUUAAACCAACUGAAGGACUUGGAGGAAAUGACAAAUGAGAAGUUGUCCUAUGCCCAGGUAAUUCUGCUCGAAAAAAAAGAACCAUUGGCAGCUGCUAAAAUUGCCGUUGCACGCCACACCCUGACCAAUCGUAUACAGACUGUCACUGCUAAAGCAGUACACCUCAAGUGCUUGAUUACCAACCAGCCUAAACCAGUAACAAUUUCAAAACCAAGUCCAAAUAAACGCCCAGCACUGACUCUACCGCCAACAACGCCAUCCCCCAAGAAAGUCCCUCUUCAACUGAAAGCGUCGACACCAUCAAAAGUUACUGUCGAGUCAUCCACUAAAGAGAAAACCCCUCCUGCCACUGACAACCUAUUCGAUGACGCCUUGGAUGAUUCAACGCUGUCACAGAUCAGCAUGGACAGCUCAGAAACAGAUUUUCCCUUAACAGCCACACAACCCGAAGAUGACUCAGCUGAUGAUGAUAAGACAAAGUUAAAAUCCCUCUUGGAGUAGAAAGCAAGGGUGUACAUUGAUUGCACCCCAACAGUGUUACUCUGAACACUUACUGACUGCUGCCGCUUAAAUACUGCUGAUUAUAUUGCCAGUGCUUCAUGUUAACAGGUCGUCACUGUGCCAACAACAAUCCUCCUGGACUUUUAACCUUUCGUACUAGGCUUACCUUCUCCACGACCCA